AAUGUUUAAAUGUUUAAAUGUUUAAAAACACUUAAUCUCGAUUUAUAUUCCUAAAGGCCUUGAAACCUUAAUUUUAAAAUCGAAUCCUACUAAUGUUUAAACCGAAACCCUAGAAUUGAUUAAGAUUAUUUGCAUACAUAUGAAUCUGAAUAUGGAUUGCAUUCAUACUGUUUAAAAGGAAUCGACCAGCAUGUAGUUUAUAAAAUCUUGAAACCGUUUGCAUUAAGUAGAACUACAUGGCCGUGUGGCUUGAUGAUUGUUUCGCACCAUGGUCGAUUAGAUUGCUUGAUUUUCAUAAAUGCGUAAGACAUGUUUGUGGCCAAGCUUGUUGAUUAUCUUGCGGCCACAUGAUCACAUUGUGAGACUUAAUUUUGAAUGAUGAUGUGAUUCAGAUGUCGAAAAUCUCAAACAUAGACUAUGCAGCCCUUAAUCCCUCCGGAGAUAACUACUUGCAGUGGGCGCUCGAUACAAAGAUCAGUCUAAGGUCAAAGGGACUUGGUGAUACUAUCAUCAAGGGCAACAAUGAGACCGAUAAGAAUCGGUACAUGGCUAUAAGUAUUAUACGCCAUCACCUCAUUGAAGGUCUAAAAGAUCAGUACAUCACGAUGGAAAAUCUACUAGAACUUUGGGAUGCUUUACAGCAUAGAUAUGAUCACCAGAAAACAGUGUUACUUCCAAAGGCUAGAAACGACUGGAAGAAUCUUAGAUUCUUGGAUUAUAAGUCGGUUGAUGAGUACAAUUCAGUCUUAUUUAAGACGGUCUCGAUGCUGAGACUUUGUGGUGAAGUAGUAACCGAAGAAGAGUUACUUGAGAAGACUUACUCCACAUUCCAUUCAUCGAAUGUGAUACUGCAACAGCAGUACAUAAUGAAAGGCUUCGCCACAUAUACUGAUCUGAUCUCGUGCCUGCUUCUGGCCGAGGCAAACAAUGAGCUCCUGAUGAAGAACAGUGAAGUUAGACCUGUUGGAACAACACCAUUACCGGAAGCUAAUGAGGUUGAAAAGAAAGAACCCAACGAGUGCAAUUACGUCCAAAACAAUAAGAGAUCACACGGUAAUGGCCGUGGUGGUUACAAGGGGCGUGGCAGUGACAAUUACAUGAACAACCGAGAUAACUACUCGACCGGCCGGAAAGGAAACCACAAUAACCAUGGUCGUGGUUCCAAUUAUGGCCGUGGCCGAGGUAGUUAUGGCCGUGGUCGAGGCGGCAUAUCCAAACCGUCUUACUCGACCAAAUCCGUUUGUCACAGAUGUGGAAUGGGAAACCAUUGGGCCAAGAACUGUAGAACCCCUAAGCACUUAUGUGAGCUAUACCAAGAAAGUCUGAAGAACAAGAACCCGGAGGCUCACAUGGUUCACGAUUCCGGAUAUAAGGCCGAUAAUGAUUCCGACAUUGCUAAAGAUGACCAGAUGGACUUUGAGACUUCUGAUUGUCUCAAGGACUAAAUAUCGAUACGACUUGUCUUAUUGCUUUAUGAUUUGCUUUGAUGUUUCAUGAUUUUAUAUAUAUAUAAUAAGAUGGAUGUCCGACUCUGUCCGUCUAAGGGCAUCCGACUCUUCAGCAAAGAACAUCUGGCUAUCCUACUAGACGCGUCUGGCUUUUAAGACUAAAAGGCGUCUAGCCCUUCUUCUUGAUCACGGGCUAGUAGAGACAAAGGAUCAACCGGAUACAAAUGUAUUGUAGUCCAUAAGCUUGUGAAAGCCGAGAUUCAUGACCUAAUAAUAUAUACUUAGCGUGUAAUAUGAUCCACAACAACUAAGGUCAUGAGACGCCAUCAUUAAGAUAGGAAUGCAAAAUGAAUACGGCAUUACCUAAGGCAAAGAAAUCGAUGUCCACAUCCAUGAGAGUGUUCGGCCGCAGAGCCAUAAUAAGAGAUUAUAAACUCACAGCAAUGAUCAUUGAUCUUGAACACUCAUGAGACAAGUAGUAGACAUGUAUAGACGAGGUCUAUGACCCAGACAUGGAUCAGCCAGAUCGAGACAUAGGUUCAUGAUAACCAUGUCUAGUACACUGUCCAUAAGUACUUGGUUUAUCCGACCAUAGUAAAGAGUUAACAGUAGACGAUCACGUCUAGACUAUGGACACAUGCAAACACGAUUUGCAAAGACCCAAUAGUGAUCCCCGAGAACAAUAUGGUCCACAUUAUUUAGCACACAUGCUUUACCGGGAUACUUAAUGUCAAAAGACAUGAGAGACGACCUAAGAGGUCGAAGUGGUCUAGAUACGGCUUAGUAAUGAACUUAGCCGAUUACUCCCUUCCUAUACAUACAGGAAAUAUCACGCACCAAGAUGCGUA